UUGAUUGGAAUUUUUCGCCUCAAAUUCCCAUCAAUUCCCAGAAAUUUUCAUCUCUCCGGCUUCUUCUUUCCACGUCUUUUUCCUCUAUCGAUUUGUUCUAUCGCCAACUCACAAUGACACGCAAACUCCUUGGCCUCUUUUUGGCCGGUCUAGUCUCCGCCGAGUCUACCGUGAUCUCCAUGUUUAUCCCCCAGGCAGACCCACAGCCACUGGCAGCGUCAAUCGUGGGCAACGAUGCUACUGCAACGACAUACAGCAUCAAUUGUCCCCCAGGCACUGAUGGCUCGGACUGCGGCAUGGGCCUGGGUCUCACCUUGAUCGCUGGCCCUACAACGACCAAACAGGUGAUGGACGACCCAAUUGAUGACAUGCACUGGACAAUGAUCUGCUCUGUUGGAGGAACAACCACGGCUGUCUGCACGGAGUCGGCGAGCGGAUCUGCAGCGAAUUUCCCGGGAGUCAGCACUGCAUCGUAUGACAAAAGUGACAUUUCCCUCCUGCCGGUGACUGUCACUGCUGGAUCUGUUACUAGUGUUGAUGCCACUGCCACGGCUACGACUGAGGCAAGCACUGCCACUUCGGCUACGACCGCCAAGUCUACUGAAAGUUCUGGAAGCUUCGAGACGUCUACCCGUGGUUCUACUGCUUCUUCUUCAAACUCUUCGACUACCAGCACUAGCACUGGAGGCGUUGCACAUGUCACAGGAGAAGCUGUUAUUUUGACCGGGGGUGCUGCUGUGGCUUUGGCUGCCGUGUUUCUGUAAAUCCACGAUCCGGAUAUUGGUGGAGGGAUGGUUACUUUCUGCAAAGAAUAUGCUUAAGCUUCUAUUAAUAAUGUUAAUAAUGUAUUAUAGAAUAACAAUCAAAAGAAUGGGAUUCAUGUACUGAUA